CAGAAAUGGCGGCGUCCUUAAGAUGGGCUGUACUGCAGCUCUCACGAGUACAGGUGUCAUCACGUCCUGUUAGGUUUUCAGUGAAAAGCAGAAGUCAGUGCUACUCCCAGUUGUUAGUUCAGAAGAACAGACAAGGACAACAGUUACAGACAAAACAACUCUCAGUACGAUGGUUGUCAGUUUUGACAGAAGACACUCCAAACCCCAGGAGCUUAAAGUUCCUUCCUGGGAGGCCUGUGCUGGGAAAAGGAACUUUAGACUUUCCAACUUCAAGUUCUGCAGAGUGUUCAUCAUUAGCAAAGGAUCUUUUUCAGGUUAAAGGAGUCAAAAGUGUGUUUUUUGGUCCAGAUUUCAUCACACUUACCAAGAUGGAUGAUGAGGUGAGGUGGACCGACAUUAAACGUCAAGCCAUUGAAGUUAUCACAGAGUUCUUUGAGAGAGGAGAACUGGUCACAACAGGAGCAGCACAUCCAGAGAGCAGUGUGUCAGAUGACGAUGAUGAAAUUGUGUCCCUGAUUAAAGAGCUUUUAGACACACGGAUCAGGCCCACAGUGCAGGAGGAUGGUGGUGACAUUAUCUUUAAGGGCUUUGAGGAUGGCACUGUCAAAUUAAAGUUGGUUGGUUCCUGCACAGGCUGUCCCAGUUCUACAGUGACUUUGAAAAAUGGUAUUCAAAACAUGCUACAGUUCUACAUACCAGAGGUGGAUAAUGUGGAACAGGUGGAAGAUGAAGUGGAUGAAAUCAACAUGAAGGCAUUCUUAGAACUAGAGAAAAAAAUAAAAGAUGUGUAGAAUGUAUAUAUCAUGUUAAAUCGUAAGAUUUGGCUACUGCUUUUAGAAAUACCUAUAGAUUUACGUUGUUAAAACUACAAACAGUUGUAAACAAAAAUCAGACCUGGAAAUACUUUAAAGUUUUUUAUUUUUGGUAACAAUAUUUAAGAUUAAUUUAAAGAAUAUUGACGUGUUUCUUACAACUGUAAUAAUAUUUGUGAGUUAGGAAAGCUUAGCACAAUUUAUAAUAAGUGAUUUUAAAUAGUGCCUUAAAAUACCAAAACUUAAAUCCAGCUUUCAAUAAUUUCCAACUAAAAAUAACACAAUACAUUAUUAACUAUUCAGAUACUCAUCUGUAUUGAUGAUUACUGAUUUCAACCCCAAUGUUGUUACCCUGACCUGCUAAAUGCAUUUGUUUUCUCUACCUGCAUCUAGUGUGUUUAAAAGAUUCUUACUAAACCCAUAAGUACGCAGUUACCAAUAUUCAGCCCUGCCAUGUUUUUCUAAUUUUAGAUGAUCUCUUAUAAUUAACAAAGAUGUUAGCUGAAAUGUAGUCUGAAUACUUUUACAACUGGUUGUUGUUUUAAUAAUCCACUAUUCAUUGUAAGACAUGCAAAAUUGUGAUGUAGCCAAAAUGAGCUUGAGUUCAUGUGCUUAAAAAUGACAUUUAGUGUUGCAUCACACAAUCUAUAGAUGUAAAUGAGAUCAAAAAUGUUAAGACUGUAAAUAGCCUAUCUGUAUGUUACAUAUAAAAGCAAACCAUUCACAGUUUACUGGUACUGUAUUCCUGGUAUGUUUAUGGUCUGAGUGGUAUACAGCACUUUAAAAUUAUUAAAUUCAGAUGUUCCACUGCUAACAUUGUUUGGUGUGUUAGUCACCUGCACGGAGUCCUGAGCUCAACCCCUUUAAGCACAUUUGUUAAUUUGCAAGGCAGGCUUAUUUUAAAUCAAAAACUGUGGAAGUCCAAGGCAAAGGAUCUUAUAACCAUGUUAUAUUAUAAAUUUGUAUUAA